AUGGAACUCGGACUGUACCAGUUCCUGCAGAAGCAGCCCCUUCCCUGGUUACAGCGGCUCCUUCGGUACCCGCUUCGGCCACGGCUGGUCCCUGGCAGCAUUCGUGCCUGCAUCAUCCUGGCUCUCGCCACUGGCGCCAUUGGCACUGGACUCGGCUACGAAUUUGCCCCAGCGGCCAGCUAUGGUUUUGCCGCUCCAGCCAUCAGCGCUGUGCAUGCUGCCCCAGCUAUCGCAUCCUACGCUGCUCCAGCUGUGACCAGGGUUGCCACCACCUACGCCGCUGCCCCAGUUGCCACUGCUGUCCAUGCUGCUCCAGCCGUCACCACUCUUCAUGCUGCUCCAGCUGUUGCCUCCUACGCUGCCGCCCCAGUUGUCGCCGCUGCUCCAGCUGUGACCAGGGUUGCCACCACCUACGCCGCUGCGCCAGUCGCCACUGCUGUCCAUGCUGCUCCAGCUGUUGCCUCCUACGCUGCUGCCCCAGUUGUCGCCGCUGCUCCAGCUGUAACCAGGGUUGCCACCACCUACGCCGCUGCCCCUGUUGCCACUGCCGUCCACGCUGCUCCAGCCGUCACCACUGUUCACGCUGCUCCAGCUGUUGCUACCUACGCUGCUGCUCCUGCUGUGACUCGCAUCGCCACCGUGGCUCACGCCCCAGUCGCCACCGCUGUUGCCGCUCCCGCCGUCGCCACCUACGCUGCUGCCCCAGCUGUUGCCACCACUACUGUCCACCACGCCCCAGCUGUAGCCACCGUUGCCCACGCUGCUCCAGCCAUCGCUGCCUACCACGCCGCCCCAGCCUACAGUUACGGUGUUGGCACACUGGGCUACGGUGCCGGCCACUAUGGUUUCGGGCAUGGUCUCCUCGGCUAUGGUCUGAACUAUGGCUACGGUCUGGGCUCUCCCUUCGACUACACCACCCUGCUCCGCAAGAGGAAGUGUGAGUAA